UAUUUGUUACGGGUGGUUGGAGCGGCUGUGCAUUGUCAAGAACAUGGCGGCUUCCAGGCAGGCAUGAGAGUGGAUACUUCUUAACAAAUCGGACGAACCCGGGCUAUCCUCUCAAAACAAGACCAUCAAACAUCUCCCUGGAUAUCGCAACACAAUUUUCUAAAAGGACAUGACAUCCCCAGGUUCCACUGUGCCUGGAACCACCGGCGCUCCUCUGCAGCCCCGAUGGAAGCGGGUUCUGGGGUGGUCCGGGCCGGUCCCCCGGCCAAGACACGGACACAGAGCUGUGGCCAUCAAGGAGCUGAUGGUUGUUUUCGGCGGAGGAAACGAAGGAAUCGUCGACGAGUUGCAUGUUUAUAAUACUGCAACGAACCAGUGGUUUAUACCGGCUGUUCGUGGAGACAUUCCUCCAGGCUGUGCGGCAUAUGGUUUUGUAUGUGAUGGCACACGGCUGUUGGCGUUCGGUGGAAUGGUGGAAUAUGGAAAAUACAGUAAUGACCUUUAUGAGUUACAGGCAAGCAGAUGGGAAUGGAAAAAAUUGAAACCAAAGGCCCCAAAAAAUGGGGCUCCGCCAUGUCCGCGUCUGGGCCACAGUUUUUCUCUUGUUGGCAGCAAGUGCUAUCUCUUUGGGGGGCUUGCCAACGACAGCGAAGACCCCAAGAAUAACAUUCCCAGAUAUUUGAAUGACCUUUAUACUCUUGAGCUUCGUCCGGGCUCCAACAUCACGGGUUGGGAUGUACCAGUCACGUAUGGAGUUCUGCCUCCUCCACGAGAGAGUCACACUGCUGUUAUUUAUACUGAAAAAACUACUAAGAAGUCCCGUCUCGUCGUAUACGGAGGAAUGAGCGGCUGUCGUUUGGGAGAUCUUUGGACAUUAGACAUUGAUACAAUGACCUGGAACAAACCCGGGAUAGGCGGCGCUGCACCACUCCCCCGGAGUCUUCACUCGGCCACCAUCAUCACAAACAAAAUGUAUGUUUUUGGAGGCUGGGUUCCCCUGGUGAUGGAUGAUGUAAAAGUGGCCACACAUGAGAAGGAAUGGAAGUGCACAAACACAUUGGCCUGUCUGAACUUGGACUCGUUGUCCUGGGAGACCGUUUUGAUGGACACUUUGGAGGACAACAUACCCCGGGCACGAGCGGGACAUUGAGCAGUCGCUAUUAACAACAGGCUUUACGUGUGGAGUGGACGUGAUGGGUAUCGUAAAGCGUGGAACAAUCAGGUGUGCUGCAAAGACCUGUGGUACCUGGAGACAGAACGACCUAAUGCUCCUUCAAGGGUACAGCUUGUCCGAGCCAACACAAAUUCUUUAGAGGUUAGCUGGGGAGCUGUGUCUACAGCAGAUACGUACCUGCUUCAGCUUCAGAAAUACGAUAUCCCGUCAGCCACUGCUGCCACCUCACCAGCUCUCAGCGCAGCUCCCUCUCUCCCUGGAAACUCGCCAAAGAGUCCAGCGCCCGCAGCAGCUGCUCCAUCUGCGCAGAGUCUGCCCCAGAGUGGCAUCACUCUCAUCCCACAGGCUGCAUCCCCCACAGCCUCAGUCACACCAGGAAGUCCUCUGGCGGCCUCCACAGCUCGUGGCCCAGCUUUUCUAAAAGUUGCAGCCCCUCAGUCGGGCACUGGCACAUCGAUCGUCACCGUGCGACAAGCCACCCAAGCUGGAAAAUCCCCAGUCACUGUGACAUCACUUCCUGCAGGUGUUCGUAUGGUCGUGCCAACACAAACAACUCAAGGAACGCCCAUAGGCAGCAGCCCUCAGAUGAGCGGAAUGGCAGCUUUGGCAGCAGCUGCUGCUGCUACACAGAAAAUUCCCCCCUCUGCUGGAACCACUGUUCUUAAUGUACCGGCUGGGGCCACAAUAGUCAAAACAAUGGCUCUGACACCUGGAUCCACCACUCAUCCCGCCACGGUUAAAGUGGCGUCUCCUGUCAUGCUAAGCAAUCCUGCCACACGCAUGCUGAAGACAGCCGCUGCUCAGGUGGGCAGUCCAACAGUGUCGAGUCCCACUACAGCCGCUCGACCCAUCAUCACGGUGCACAAGUCAGGCACUGUUACCGUAGCUCAGCAGGCCCAAGUUGUGACCACUGUGGUGGGCGGAGUCACCAAGACCAUUACUCUUGUCAAGAGCCCACUUUCUAUGGGAAGCACUGGCACCCUGUUCUCUAAUUUGGGCAAAGUGGUGUCAGUAGUUCAGACCAAACCAGUUCAGACGGGCACCAUGACUGGACAGGCCACUUCCAAUUCACUGGCACAGAUUUUACAGACAAAGGGUCCCCUUCCUCCCGGCACCAUUCUGAAGCUGGUAACAUCUGCUGAUGGAAAACCAACCACCAUAAUUACCACCCCUCAAUCAGGGGGCACAGGAAACAAGCCCACCAUCCUGGGCAUCAGUGGCAUGUCUCCCAGUUCCACCAGCAAGCCGGGCACUACCACUAUCUUUAAAACAAUCCCCAUGUCUGCUUUACAACAUGGAGCUGCAGGUGUGACUAGUAGUACAGGGGUGAAGAGCCCUAUCACCAUCUUCACUACUAAGAUGAUGACAUCUGGAACUCCAGGCAAAAUCAUUACAACAGUGCCCAAGAUUGGCACAGCAACAGGCCAGCAAGGACUAACACAGGUUGUUUUGAAGGGUGCUCCAGGUCAACCCGGAACCAUUCUUCGCACCAUGCCAAUGGGAGGAGUGCGUCUUGUGUCUCCAGUAUCAGUGGGUGGGGUCAAGCCAACUGUAACCACACUGGUUGUGAAGGGAACGACUGGUGCAACAACUCUUGGCACCGUCACAGGUACAGUUUCUACCAGUUUAGCAGGAGGAAGCAUAGCCAGUGCCAAUGCCACCCUGGCAACCCCUAUUACCACUUUGGGCACCAUUGCCACCCUCUCCAGCCAGGUCAUUAAUGCUACCGCUGUGUCUGCGGCUAAAAGCAGCCUGACUACUGUCUCAUCUACAGUGCAGCCCACCCAGGUCACCCUCAUAACUACACCCAGUAGUGUGGAGGCUCAGCCUGGCCAAGACCUGCCCGUUUCCAUCCUGGCCUCUCCUACCUCUGAGCAGCCCACCUCCAGUGAGUCUGGAGCAGGUGAUGCCGCUGGUACUGUUACGCUAGUGUGCUCCAACCCCCCAUGCGAGACUCACGAGACCGGCACCACCAACACAUCCACCACUGCAACGGCAAAUAUGGGCACUGUGCCAGGCGGCACGGUCCAGAGGGUGUGCUCGAACCCACCCUGCGAAACACACGAAACGGGUACAACAAACACAGCCACCACAGCAUCUGCCAAUAUGGGCAAUGCCCAGACAGCCACUGUUCAGAGGGUCUGCUCCAACCCACCCUGUGAGACGCACGAGACGGGCACCACCAAUACUGCAACCACAGCUUCAUCUAGCAUGGGUGGAAACCGAACAGGAACGGUUCAGAAGGUCUGCUCCAACCCACCCUGUGAGACGCACGAGACGGGCACCACCAACACGGCCACCACAGCUUCAUCUAAUAUGAGUGGAAACCAAACAGGAACAGUCCAGAGGGUCUGCUCCAACCCACCCUGUGAGACGCACGAGACAGGCACCACCAACACUGCAACCACAGCAUCAUCUAGCAUGGGUGGAAACCAAACAGGAACGGUCCAGAAGGUCUGCUCCAACCCACCCUGUGAGACGCACGAGACUGGCACCACCAACACGGCCACCACCGCCACCUGCAGUAUGGAGACCGAUGAGGGAGCAGCCCAACAGAGUAGUGAAGCAUCAGAGUCCACCAGCAGCACAGAAGUCCUUCCUUCAUCUGCGGCACCUCAGAGCCGAGCCAUCACCAUAGUCACACAAGCAACACCUCUACCAGGACCAGCUGUUCCAUCUAUCUCUUCAAUCACAGAGUCCUCGGAGGCAAGCGCCGAGCCUGUUGUUAUGGAAAGCUCUGAGGCGGAGUCCUUGCAAACUGAAGCAGAGGCGGUCGCCACGCAGGCCGAGUUCCAGGCGGAGGCGGUGGCCAUGCCAAGCGACUUCCAGGGAGAAGCUGAGGCUUUGCCAAGUGACUUCCAGGGAGAAGCAGAGGCCAUGCAGGCGGAGAGCCAAGCGGAGACAGGCGCGGUGCCCAUGGAACAUGAGGCCACUAGUAUGGCAGAGGGAGAAAUGGCUGCAGAACAGCUACCAGCAGCAGAGAUGGAGGGUGUAGAGGCGGCAUCAGCGUCCCAGAAUGCCGAGGCUCUGGCCCUGCCCCCUGAGCUAAUGUCGGACGAGCAGUCCACAACGCUGAUGGUGACCGGUUUGACACCGGAGGAGCUGGCCGUCACGGCGGCCGCAGAGGCAGCGGCCCAGGCUGCAGCUACAGAGGAGGCCCAGGCCCUUGCCAUCCAGGCAGUGUUACAAGCAGCACAGCAGGCUGUUAUGAGUUCUGGUGAAGGAGGAAGAGAUGACCAGCAGACCCACACCAUACCCAUCAUUCUGACUCAGCAGGAACUGGCCGCCCUGGUUCAUCAGCAGCAACAGCUUCAGGCAGCCCAGCAACAGGCCGCCGCCCAGGCAGCUCUGCCCACGGAGGGCUUGGCUCCGGCCGACAGCCUAAAUGAUCCAUCUUCAGAGAGCAAUGGACAUGGCGAGAUAGCAGCAGCAAGUGCAGAGGCCGGACUGCUGCCACGCACCACCACAGAAACAUUGGCUCCAUCCAGCACUUUUGCACCUGCUGUAGUCGCCAGUCCAGCCAAGAUGCAAGCAGCGGCAGCUCUGACUGAAGUGGCCAAUGGAAUUGAGGCUCUGAAACAAAAUCCUCCCACUGUUACCGUCAAACCACCUGUUAAGAAAGAAAACCAGUGGUAUGACGUUGGCAUAGUCAAAGUGACCAACAUGGUUGCAACGCAUUUCUACAUGCCCGCAGAUGACUCCGCUUAUGUUGAGGAUGAUUCUGGCACAAUUCCUGACUACACUCAGAUGAAGAGGGUGGAGCUUCAACCCGGGACUGCCUACAAGUUCCGUGUGGCGGGUAUAAACACGUGUGGUCGUGGCACCUUUUCUGAAAUAUCUGCUUUCAAGACCUGCUUACCAGGAUUCCCAGGGGCACCAUGUGCUAUAAAGAUAAGCAAGAGUCCAGAUGGUGCACACCUUACAUGGGAGCCUCCAUCCGUGACGUCAGGAAAGAUCACAGAGUACUCUGUGUAUUUGGCCAUCCAGAGUAGCCAGACCACCGAGGCCAAAGCCUCUACCCCAGCCCAGCUGGCUUUCAUGCGUGUUUACUGUGGGCCUAACCCCUCCUGCCUGGUCCAGUCCUCCAGCCUGUCCAACGCCCACAUAGACUACACCACAAAACCUGCCAUCAUCUUCCGCAUCGCAGCACGCAAUGAGAAAGGUUACGGCCCAGCUACCCAAGUGCGAUGGCUUCAAGAGUCGAGCAAAGAUGGCAUCUCUGCAAAGCCUGCCCCGAAAAGAGCAGUUUCUUCACCAGAUGCGAAAGGGAUUGGUCUGAAAAAAGCAAGAAUGGACCAGUGAUUCAGCUUCCAAAACAAGAAAUGCUCAUUCUUCCCAGAACACCAUCAUCACAAGUGUAAACAUCCAGCACACAGUCUGAAAGAAACUAGGCAAAAUGUUCCUUUUUCUCUAUUUGAAACGAUUGGAGAAAAGCAUUUACAUUUUUGAGGAUUUUUCACUGAAACAGCAUUAUAUGGAGUGUGGAAAAAACAAUCGCUUUUUCUAUUGUAGUCUUCCUUUCUGCUCCCCCAUUUUUUUCUGUUUGUUGUUUUGUAAGGUGUUUGUUUUGCUAUCAGCUGGGCUCAGAUGAAGUUGCUCUUGUUUCUGUGAUGGACUUCAACAGUGAACUUUUCGAUCACGUCAAGUCAUGAUGUCAUAGUCAUGUAGGGGGAAAACAAACCAAGCACUUGUUCUCAGACAAGAGGAUUUCCACUCAACGGAAGUAUAUGGUUCAGUGAAAUAAGAGCUGCACAAAGAUUCAAUUUUGGACUCCAGUGUGCUGGUGAUGUCAUCACUGCACAACUGCAGAUAAAGACAGGGCAAAGGAAGUUCAUUACUGGCUAGACAGAGACUUGCUAGAACUGAGAUUUGCCAUACAAACAGAAAAAAAAAUCUAAAACUUCCCAAAAAAUUAGUGAGGAGAUGACGGAGAAGAUCUUUUCUGUAGUUUAUUUUUGUAUUUUUAAAGUUUUUCUCCUGUGUGUGUAUGUCUGUGCUUUUUUUAACUCACUACUUUCUUUUUUUUAAUCUUGUUCAUCCCCCAUUGGUUUGUGGAUUUGAGGGAAGUAGGGCUUUUGGAGGGGCGAUGCUUUUGUUUGACUCUUGUAGGCUAAAUGAGAAUCAUAUGUGUGCUAAAGCCAAGUGUUAAUAUGCUGAAAGAACGUUAACAAUUUGACCAUCUGAAGGGCUUUUUACUUUGUUUACUGCAUAUUUCCACGCUGGUUUCACUUUGUGUAUGCCAAACAUAGAGAUGUAAAAAUCGUAAAGCAUUGUUAAACUUUUUGUUCACCAAAUUGCCAUGAUUCAUGAACCCUUCCUCUGACUUUCCUUCCCGACUUUGUCACACAACAUGACUAUGUAGAAUUUUCUCUGCCCUAGAUUGUGAAAGUUGUCCAUGUGAAGAUGAAAAAAAUGUCUGCCUUUUUUCUUUGAUUAUUUGAAGGGUAUGCAAGCUAAAUGUUUAUUGUAUACCUGUAUGGUCUCCAUGUGGGUGAGGAUGGAGGUUUUCGUUCUUGGUAAAGCCAAGUAUGGAUUCGAUUGUAAUAUAGUUCAUACUGCAAGUGGUAAAAGAUGACAUCUUGGCCUUUUUAUAUAUUUACCUGUAACAAAACGUUUUUACAUGUUGUCAUCUCCCGAUUGCCUUUUUGUCUUGACUUAUAAAAGAUACAGAAAUAUA